AUGUCUGAAGCGAAAGAUAUCCCUCCGGGUACAUAUAAGCUUGAGUUUGGAUCGACAUUCUCAGACCCUAAAAGGGAGACACGCAGUCAAUUCCAUACAUUACGAUACGAUUUCAAACCGAAAUCAGUGGCUUCCAAUGAUUCAGAAUCAUAUAUAGCUUAUGGGACUAAUGGUGAUGUGCAUGUAGCAGUUCCAACCGAAGGAAACAACCUCACCGUUUACAAAGGAGCCAAAAAAGAAGCGAAACCUAAAGAAUGUUUGUUGUUUUUUGAUAAGAAAUCAGGAAGCUUACGAUUGGAAAAAAUCAGUUCGAAUAUUCAAGUGAAAAAGGCCAGGGAUAUCGAUAAAAGCACGGAGAUUGUUUUGAGAAACGAAAUGUCCCGUCUACGAACGGAAAAUGCAAGAAAGGGAAAAGAAAAAGGAGAAGUUAAUACUAACCACAGUGACGAUCAGAUGUCCAGUUCUUCCAGCAGCGAUAGUAGUGACAGUGAGAGCGAUAGUGGCUCUGAUACUGAGUCGAAAACAACGAAACAACGAAGAGAGUCAAACUCGAGCAUGAGUGACAUGGAAAGUGCUUUAAUCGCUACCGUCAAUGCAAGUUCUCAGCAGCUUGCUCCUCCAAGUGCACCGCCUGUAGCCAGUGGAAGCUUCAGAUCGAAUCCUCCUCCUCCCCCUCCUCCUUCAUCGUCAUCGUAUAGUUCCAAGCCGAAUUCGCAUGGUGAUCUUGGACUUAAUCUCAGCGAUGAUAGCUCGGAUGAAGAUUAA